GGUGGCCCUACGUAAACGGAAAAAGGAAGUGUUUGUCUGCAAAGUGCUUUGUGAAUAUGAAGAACUGAGGCUUUGGCUAAAACUUUUCUCUCUGGAAACACCGAGGAAAGCCGAGAUAGUCCGUAACGUUUUGAAUGUGUUUCGUGUGUUUGCCUUCUGAUCGUAAUCCCGAAAGACUGCGUUUAUGCUGCGUCGAGUGACAGGGUUCGGCGGCUGAGGCGGCAGACUCAUAGGUUCAAGCAGAAGAAUGGAUGAACGGCACAGGCGUAUUUUGCAAAAGAAUCGAGUUCAGUUGCUGAAGGAACUGGAGCCAUCUUUGUUGUAUGAUGGUUUAAUUGCUAAAGGAGUGUUCACGCAAGACAUGAUUGAUGAAAUUCAGAGCAAAUCGGUUCGCAGAGACUGCUCCCGGCAGCUGCUCACAGACCUGGAGGGUCGAGGAAGUCAAGCUUUCCAUCUUUUCCUGGAGUGUCUCCGAGAAGCUGGCCAAAACCGUGUGGUUGACAUUCUUUGCCAAAGAGGACAAAUUCCUGUUCCCCCUAUCAUUGAACCUUUGCCGGUCAUAAUUCCAAAUCCAACUCCACAUACUUGGGAAUUCAAGGACCAUCUAGACCGAGGGGAUGCAACCAUCGUCGUUAAGGGUGUUUCUUGUUCCCAAGACAAAACACCACUCCCUAUUCAGUGCACGGAAGACCAGCACUUGCACCCUAAACCAAGCAGAAGAGUCCGUAGAGACAGCCUGCAGUCAUACAAGAUGGAUUCCAAUCCCAGUGGUCUUUGCCUCAUCAUAAACAAUGUGAACUUCAUGCAGGAAAGUAAACUGAAGAGCCGUGCUGGUUCAGAUGUCGACUCUGACAAGAUGAAGAAGCGAUUCGAGGCACUUAAUUUCAAAGUUUCUGUAAAAAGAAACUUGAAAGCCCAGGAAAUAAAGAGAAGCGUGUUUGACCUGGCCAAAGAAGACCAUACCAACUUUGACUGUUGCAUCGUUAUUAUUCUUUCACAUGGCAGAGAGGCAAAACACAGCCGUUUUCCAGGUGGGAUCCAUGGCAUUGAUGGCCUCUUUGUUACCAUGGAGGCACUUACAAGUUAUUUUAAUGGCCAGAAUUGUCCUUCUCUUCAAGGCAAACCAAAAGUGUUUUUCGUCCAGGCUUGUGGAGGAGAUGAAAAAGAUACAGGUUUUGACAUACCAGCAGAUGAGUUUUCUUCAGCGAGCAACCACCAUAGUGGAGAUGAUCAGACAGAUGCCGCACCUAUGAUCACAUCAGUGAAGGAACUAGCAAGCUGUGAUGAACCUGAUGCCAGAACAUCAUUACCAAACUCCAGUGAUAUUUUAGUGUCCUACUCAACCUUUCCAGGGUAUGUCUCCUGGAGAGACACCAGUACAGGCUCCUGGUAUGUGGAAACUUUGGAUGCUGUCUUAGAAGAAUAUGCAGGUAGUGAAGACCUGGUUACAAUGCUUAUGAUGGUCACAGACAAAGUUUCACAGAACUCAGCCAAAGGAAUCUACAAACAGAUGCCAGGAUCAUUUAAUUUCCUGCGUAAACACCUUUUCUUCAAGACGAGUGCCAGCAUGUAGCUUUGUCAGACGCGUGUCCUGCACCUUCCUGGGUGACUGUAGCAGCUGUGGCUUGACAACACACAAUACAUUAGGAAUCAUUCUAAUUUUUUUUCUUGUUCCUAAAAAGUGUAGCUUUCUAAUUUUGAAGGGAGGGUGAGUAAUCGUUUACACUGAAAGGCCUGUUUUUCAGGUUCUCUACUCAGGUACGCUCUUGCACUACAGAUACUUUUCUUUUUUACUCCCAAAGAUUGGUGCUUUAAGGUAAGGUAAGGACAGUACUGCAGAUCAUUUAUAUGAGAAAAUUGGGAGGUCAUCAGAUUGACCAGCUGUGCUUCCCA